AUGCGUGAUGUGUCACGUAAACGCCAGGCAGGCAAAGUGGUCCUGAUCCCGGUGGGAGUUCAUUUCCAUGCAAAGUCGUUGGGGAAGGAGACAAAGAAGACAAAGGCGAUAAAGACAAAGACAUCGAGUCCACAGGGGAAGAAGAAGAAGAAGAAGAAGAAGAAGAAGAAGAAGAAGAAGAAGAAGAAGAAGAAGAAGAAGAAGAAGAAGAAGAAGAAGAAGAAGAAGAAGAAGAAGAAGAAGAAGAAGAAGAAGAAGAAGAAGAAGAAGGAGAAGAAGAAGGAGAAGCAGAAGAAGAAGAAGAAGAAGAAGAAGAAGAAGAAGAAGAAGAAGAAGAAGAAGAAGAAGAAGAAGAAGAAGAAGAAGAAGAAGAAGAAGAAGAAGAAGAAGAAGAAGAAGAAGAAGAAGAAGAAGAAGAAGAAGAAGAAGAAGAAGAAGAAGAAGAAGAAGAAGAAGAAGAAGAAGAAGAAGAAGAAGAAGAAGAAGAAGAAGAAGAAGAAGAAGAAGAAGAAGAAGAAGAAGAAGAAGAAGAAGAAGAAGAAGAAGAAGAAGAAGAAGAAGAAGAAGAAGAAGAAGAAGAAGAAGAAGAAGAAGAAGAAGAAGAAGAAGAAGAAGAAGAAGAAGAAGAAGAAGAAGAAGAAGAAGAAGAAGAAGAAGAAGAAGAAGAAGAAGAAGAAGAAGAAGAAGAAGAAGAAGAAGAAGAAGAAGAAGAAGAAGAAGAAGAAGAAGAAGAAGAAGAAGAAGAAGGAGAAGAAGAAGAAGAAGAAGAAGAAGGAACAGAGUGGGAGACGGACGACGUGGAAGACGCAGACCGACUAUAGGACAAUCGAAGAAGAAGGACGAAGCACAAUAUGCACUGGGUUCACGUAUGGCGCGAGAGAGACGACAGAGUUCAACGAGGACAUUGGCGUUGUACUACAAGCCCCCUCUCCUCUUGAGACCACGUGUCUCCCUUGCGCGUUGGCGCAGAGCAUCUGCGUGGCAGGGGACCUGAGCAGGCUGGAUAUGGACCCAUGGACCCAGCGCAUCGUCGCUAGUGUUGCAGGGCCAACUGUGGUCCCAAUCGCACGCGUCUACGUGCCACAGCCUGCCUCAAAUACAUUCGACAGAGCCACAGAACAACGGCCGGAUAGCCUAUGGGGGUAG